CGAGUGGAGUGAAAUCUCGGGUGAGAGCCAGCGGGGUGAGGAGGAACAAAUAACGUGGAGAACCAAAAGUGUGCACACAGCAGGCGGUGAUUCUGCAACGUUUCGCAAGAAGACGACACCGGAACUUUAAACGAUAUCAGGUUCGCUGGGGACGAGAAACAUUUCAUUUAGCUUCACUUUUUUGCACUUUGGCAAAGUUGAGCUCUGCUCGGCUCGGAGUCCCCACCUCGGAGCAGAAAGUCGGUCGGUGGUCGGCAGUUGGUCCUGCAGGAAUGUCGGAGCCAGAGAAACCAGAUUUUUAUCGAGAUGAGGUCAACAAGACAAUAUGGGAAGUCCCGGAGCGAUACCAGAGCCUGACCCCGGUUGGCUCUGGCGCCUACGGAUCUGUUUGCUCCGCCUUUGAUAUAGUGACUGGUUUGAAGGUCGCUGUGAAGAAGCUGUCUCGGCCUUUUCAGUCCAUCGUCCAUGCCAAAAGAACCUACAGAGAGCUCCGGCUGCUUAAACAUAUGAAACAUGAAAAUGUAAUUGGCCUCUUAGAUGUCUUCACCCCUGCCACCUCACUGAAGGACUUCACUGAUGUGUAUCUUGUGACUCAUCUAAUGGGGGCAGAUCUCAACAACAUAGUCAAAUGUCAGAAGCUCACCGACGAUCACGUGCAGUUCCUCAUAUACCAGAUCCUCCGGGGGUUAAAGUAUAUUCACUCAGCAGGCAUCAUUCAUCGAGAUUUAAAACCAAGUAACCUGGCAGUGAACGAAGACUGUGAGCUGAAGAUUUUGGACUUUGGUCUCGCACGGCACACCGAUGAUGAGAUGACCGGCUACGUGGCGACCCGAUGGUACCGCGCCCCAGAGAUCAUGUUGAAUUGGAUGCAUUACAACAAGACAGUGGAUAUUUGGUCUGUGGGAUGCAUAAUGGCAGAACUUCUCACCGGACGCGCUCUGUUUCCUGGUACUGACCACAUUGAUCAGUUGAAGUUAAUCAUGCUGCUCGUCGGAAAGCCAGGUCCAGAACUGUUGAUGAAAAUAUCUUCAGAGUCUGCCAGAAACUACAUUAGCUCCUUGCCUCAAAUGCCCAAGAGGAACUUUGCUGAUGUAUUUAUUGGCGCCAACCCACUCGCUGUGGAUCUUCUGGAGAAAAUGCUGGUUCUGGAUACAGACAAGCGGAUAACGGCAGCCGAGGCCCUGGCCCACUCCUACUUUGCUCAGUACCACGACCCAGACGAUGAGCCCGAAGCUGAGCCGUAUGACCAGAGCUUUGAGAGCCGAGAGCUGCAGAUUGACGAGUGGAAACAAUUAACUUAUGACGAGGUGUGCAGUUUUGAGCCACCUAGCUUUGAGGAUGAGGAUGAAGAUGACAUGGAGUAAUGAGAUGUGCCACCCAUUUUCAACUCCAUCCUUUUACUACAUAACAUAUGCUUUAAACACUCAGACACUGUCCAUCAGUCUGUUGAUUGAGAGAACAUAAUCCAGCACAAGGAAAGGAAAAACCAGUUAUCAUUAUUCUUAUUUAUAAAUGACUUAAUGUUGAUGGUCAGCUGCUGGAAGAUUUCCCUACUUGCCAACAACUAAAAUAUUUUUAUAUUUAAUAUUUAGACUUUAUUGACUUCUCACUGUGAUGCUGAGAUGCUGAAACGCCUCGACCUAUUGCCGUACUAGUUUUUAUUUUUUGAGUAAUUUAUGAAUAAGCUUUUGUCUGUUAGCUGAAAAAGGAAUUUGCUAGUUAAUCUCUUACCCUUCCAAGCAGUCGCAUUCAGCACCAGGUCACACGAUUCUGGAAUUUCUGUGACAGAAGUACAUUUAAAAAAAAAAUGUUUUCAGGUGUUUAACAAUUGGAGACUGUGCCUUUUCUGUGUAGUCACUGAGCUUUGAUGCUCAGCAACUGGAUUUCUCACAUUUUAGUGUUUCAUUUGAUCAAUGAAAUCUGAGCCUUUUGCUGUUUAAGGACUUUUUUCUUUACAUGGCCCAUAAAUACAAAGAAGUAUUAGUGUGUGCAUGCUUUGCUCAAACUGUGUAUAUAUAUGUGCCUUUUUUUUUUUUCUUUCCACUUGUUUUGAAUCAAUCACUGUUAGCAUGUACAUCGAGACAUGGUGUGUCCACUAGUGUGUUGUUGUUUUAUAGGAAUUUUAAGUGUCAUGCUGUAGCUUUUAAUAGAAAUGCAGUACAAGCGUGUAAAGGAGGGAUUUGUAUUUAUACUUUUGUGCAACUGGUAUUUAUAAGCAACAAUCGAAAGACCCUUUAAGCUAUUUUCAGUCUUGCAGAGUAAGUAAGUACUUUAAGUUCUUUGAUUAACAAAAUAAAGACUUAUUUCUAAGAGAAUGAAGCUUUUUUUUCUUUUACCUUAUUUCCAAACUAAUCAGUUGUUUCUCCCCUCAGCAAUGUCACAGGGAAUGAGUUAAUUCAUGUGGGUCAGUUUAUAACAAGGUCAGCAGUGUGGAUGUUUUAGCACUUUGAUUAAUUUAUCAGAUUUGUUCAAUGUGUUAAUGUACAGUAGGAAGUGUGACAUGCAUUUGUUACUGGUAUUUUUAUUCAA